AUGACGAGGAAGCUCCCUCAGGUGGAGGUGUUACAUAUCAACUAUCUGGAAGUGGGAUCUGUUCACGCGAAUGCGGCUGACGUAUUCUUGUACCUGACAGCAUUCACUUCCAUCACACAUCUUAUCCUAGGCUCGCAUUUCCCCUCGGUGACGGUCUUCGCGCGACUUCUCUGUGCUCUCCCCAGGCUAUCCCGGCUAACGUGCUCUGGCAUCACUUUUGCGACUCGUGGAUAUGCACAGGGCGCCGUCAUUCCACCUCAACAGUUUACGCUUACUCAUUUCGACGCAAACGACCGCGACCACAAUCUCGACGUUUUCGAUUUCUUAAUUAGCAGCUUGAUCAUUUCGAAUACACAGUAUAUUGGACUUGACUUGCAGAUAUUAUUUUACAAUGAUCCGGGCUCGUUCUGCGAUCGCAUCCAACGAAUGCUCGUGACAGCGGGUCCAUCGCUCACCAAAAUCCAUGUCAAUUUUCACUUUGAGAUUCCCCGCGCGUUUGUUGACAACGUGAACUUAAGAUACAGCGUAAAACUAGAGGUCCUGUCUCUCACUUUAUUCAGGCAAUCGGCUGCGCAGUUAGUCAACAUAUACGCUGUCAUAUCGCAAGCUUCGCCAUCAAGUCUUCGCCAAGUUCUCCUUGUAUUCCCUGAUAUCCGGGACCCAGAGCUCGAUGAAAAGGUUUCUACACAGAUCGACCAGCUUUUGUCUACUCCACACUAUCGGAUCCUCAGCACAGUUCGCAUCGAAAUACGCAGAGGUCAUGUUCAGAACAAGAACUUGGAAGAUGCCUGGAUAGAGCUCCUUUCUACUCGUUUUCCUCGAUUAUGCGCGCGGGGAGUCCUUCAGUGCGCACAUUUUGCUUAA